GAGAGAAGACACACUAUCUGUGCACUUUGAGUGAGCUUUGUGAUUACCUGGAAAGAGUUUCAACAUGUGUGUUGGACACAGAAACCUAACGUGGACACUGACGCUCCUGUUUCUAUCUGGUGCUCUUUGCAGUCAGUGGAAAGUGGAAUAUCAACAACAGCAUAUCUGCGCUGUAAAAGGCUCGUCCGUGGUCAUUCCGUGUUCAUUUUACUAUCCUGACAAACUGAGAGUGAAGACAGUUAUGUGGGGUCAUGGAAAGAAUGAUAUUUUUAAAGGUCCCUUCAUACUGGACAGCGAGGUGCCUGACAAGUCCUCAAGAUUUCAGUAUAUAGGCAACAAACGACACAAUUGCUCUUUAAAAAUAAACCAAGUAGAGCAUAAUGAUGCAGGAGAAUACACCUUUAGAUUUAUAACUGACAAAGAGGGGAAAUGGACUGGUGUAGAUGGCUCAACACUAAAGGUUGCUGAUUUGAACGUUUCGGUGUCAAAGCAUAAUGUGAAUGGAGCAACGAAAGAAGGCGACUCUGUGAAACUGACCUGCAGAAACGGCUGUGAUGGCGAUCACCUUUCAUCUGCUUUCUCCUGGUUGAAGAACGGAGAGAUCAUAAACAAAGGACCUGUACUUUAUUUAAGCAACAUGUCCUCCACAAACUCUGGAAACUACACUUGUUCUCUAAAGACACACACAGGAACAACUUCCGAAAUCAUAAAUAUUGAUGUUGAAUAUGCACCUAAGAACACAACUGUGUCUGUCAGCCCAUCGAUGGAGGUGGACGCCGGCGGCAGCACCACCCUGAUCUGCAGCAGCCAUGCGAACCCCCCAGUGGAGAAUUAUACUUGGUUUAAAAUAAAUGAAAAUGAUGGCAUUGUGGCUGUUGGACCCCAGCCUGUGUUCUUCCCUCGUGACGGGGGCCAGUAUUUAUGCCGUGCCACCAACAAACAUGGAAGUCAGAACUCCUCUGUUGUGACUGUGAAGGUUGAAGGACAUUGGGCGACACUCAUCACAGGCGUACUUAUCAUUCUCACUGCUGCCGCGGUUCUGAUCGUGACUACUGUCAUGGCUGUCACAAGACUCAAGAGAAAAAGGACAAGAGCACCAGAGGCUGACUGUGAGGGGGACACCCAGAAUGAACACUAUGUCAACUGGCCUUUUUCUGACGACAACCUAUCACAAGAGAGCAAUCGGCGUGACGGAGCCUCAGUAGAAGUCAUCUACGCAACUGUUGAGUUUCACACCCAGAGAAAGCUGGAGCAGCAGCUUGACUCCCGUCACAGUGACGUCAGUGUGAUUUACAGCACGGUGUGCCGGAAGCAGCCGUUGAACCCUUCAUACCUCGAGACUCUCGACACGAAGUCUUGAGGGCAUUUGCUUUAUGAUUUUUUCUUGAUCUGUAAGAUCUACUGCACAUGCAUUGCGGUGAAGAUAAGCAUCACAUCCUCUCCUUGACACUAAUUCUUUUAACUGAAAAGAAAAGACAGGGUCCAGAACCAAACGAGAGUUCAGCAGGAUCCUGUUAAAUGCUUGUCUGAGGUUGCAGUCGACACAUUUUAAAGAUCAGCACUCAGGCUAUCAAUGAACAGAAACUUAAAGGAAAUACGAAACUGACUUCUGGAACAUGUGAAAUCAGCUUCUGCUCUCACACUGUUUGCUUGGUCUGUAACGGUGACGCACAUACUGCCCAUCAAAACAUAAUCUAGCGGGAAAUUUAGCUAAACAUGCCGGUCAGGGAAUAAAUGUUGUGAUAUGCAUCAUUUCUACUGUUGUAGUGAGGUGCACUUUGAGAGCCCAUAAAACUUCUUCAGCGCGGAGUGUGCCAUUUCAUUUUCUCCUUGCGCUUGAUUCAACACAAGCGUCUGUGAAGCUCAGUCCCUGCUGACACUCCCUCCACCCAUCUGUGAGGUGAAAAUGAUCCAAAAUAUUUGUAUCUUUAUUUAUAUUUUAAUGCAUCUUAUUGUAUAUUAAUAACUUAUAUCAUGCCCCUGGAUCAAAUGUGCACCGGCUGGCUGUAAAGUUGCUUUCUGGUGCUCCAUGUUUUAUAGACGCUCUUGUUUUGUGGUUCUGGCACUGGGCUAAAGUUAAUUUGCUUGCUGUAGUCUUCAGUUCCUGAGGUUCCCAAGAGCAGCUUCUUAAUUGAAUGAUACACCCAACCUUGGCUGCAGACAAUCACAGCAGGUGCAAUACUCUGGAAACAAUGGAAAUAUGUGAAAGACUUUUUUGCGAGUUAGAAACUAUUACAAACUACUAGACGGAUGAGGGCAAAACAACGAAACUGUGCAACUUUUCAGCAGGAAAACUGCACUUAGAGAGAAUGUGAAAUAAUUUCACUCUAAACUCUCUUCAAGAUUCAGAAGCCUGUCCUUCACACUGAAGUUUGCAUCUGCAUCUUUCAGAGCUUCAGUGAUGGAUGUGGGUGAAACAACACACCUGCACAUUCAAUAUGCAAACAUCCAUCAUGAGUAACGACACAUGAGCUCUUAUUUGCAGCACAGUGGGCAAAAUGGUGCUUUUUCUCUAGUGUAUCUGAGACAUUAUACAUGUUGCAUGGUGAAGACAGAUUUCAGUACCUGUAGAUCUGACAGCCCGAUUGUAAUACCAGUGCAGCCCAAGUUGGCAUGGUAACGUUCAUGGAAAAAAUGAAACUGAAAUACCAAUCUUGGCUGUUUUAGCAAGUUAACUUUUUCCCCCCAGAUAAGCUGACGUCUACGUGUGAAAUCCUUCAGUUCAGACAAAAAUUGCAUGGUCCUUGCACUCCAUGGUACACAGUUACCCAAACCCUGUUCAAAUUCCAGGUUAUUGUGCCCUCUGCUGGCAAUGUAAGGGCAUAGCAUCUUAAGAUAAGCAAAUUAUGUGAUCCAAUACAUUCAACUCACAACUCUCCUCAGUGGAUGAGUGGGUUUUCGUGUGAGAGCUGUAGAGAGGUACAGCUCAUAACGCGAUAAAAGGUCAUCAGACCGGCAUCACGGGACGCUUGAUAUAACAGUAAACACCUGCAGGUUGAGCAGGUUUCCAUUACUGUGAAUUUACAGAAGUAGAAGCAGCAGCAUCAGGAUCAAUUCUUUGUCUUUGUUACUUGUAAAAGACUUCCGUAUUCAUAGUAUUUACUUUU